CGGUCCGACCCGGAAACUCGAUCCGUGAAACGCCAUCGCUCGGCGAGUUACUACGCUCACCGAGUCAAGGAGAGCCUCACAACCCGAGUCUCGAAAUUCAUCUGCGCCAUAUUUCUGUUGAUUCUGUUCUUUCUGGGAAUAAUCGCGUUCAUAUUAUGGAUCAGUUUACGCCCUCAUCGACCUCGAUUCCAUAUCCAGGAUUUCGCAAUUCAGGGCCUGGACCAACCUGCAGGAUUCGAAAACACCCAGAUAACGUUCAACGUCACCAUACGUAACUCGAACCAGCACAUGGGCGUGUACUAUGAUUCCAUGGAAGGGUCCGUUUACUACAAGGAUCAACGUGUCGGGUCAAGCCCGUUGCUUUAUCCGUUCUUCCAGGAGCCGAAGAACACGACCGUCGUGACUCAGUCACUCGCUGGAGCUUCACUCACGGUGAGUAGCACUCGUUGGACUGAGUUCACCAAUGACCGAGCUCAAGGCUCAGUCGCUUUCAGAUUGGAGAUGGUUUCUGUGAUAAGGUUCAAGCUUAGCAGCUGGAUCAGCAAGCGCCAUCGCAUGCAUGCAAACUGUAACAUCGUCGUUGGUCCUGACGGCGUGAUCUUGCCUAAGUUCAAUCACCAACGUUGUCCAGUGUACUUCACUUGAUUUGUUGUCUGUUUCUUGAUCUGUGUAAUAAGGUUUGUGUUUCUUGGUUCAUGUCUCUGGUCGAUCUUUAGGUUUUGAUUUUGUUGCUGUUUCUUGAUCUGAUUGAUAUGGAGUGGUUCUUGAUCUUGAUCUUUCUGUGCUAAACUCAGGGUUAAGGUUUGAUGAUUU